UUAAAGGGACAGAAGAAAGUUGCUGAUGAUCUUCAGUUCCAAGAUAUUCCACAUGACUCCUUUGUAAAUGACAAAAGCAAGGUUCAGACACACACUUUUACUGACUUUCCCCCGACUGCCGAGUCUGAUGAAGAGGAUGUCUAUGACAAAACUCAGCUCAUUAAAGAUGAAUCAAAAACUGGGAGUCCAUCUUUUUGGACAUUUGAAUAUUACCAGCAGUUCUUUGAUGUGGAGACAAAGCAAGUGUUAAACCGGAUAGCUGGAUCCAUGAUUCCCUUUCCACGUUCAAACUACCUACAAACAACCAUUAGGCCUAACCCAGAUCUCUAUGGACCUUUCUGGAUUUGUACAACGCUUGUGUUUACAACAGCCAUUGCUGGUAACAUGGCCAGUUACCUGUCUGUUGAGGGUAAAGACUUCACCUGGAAGUAUGACUUCCAUAAAGUGACAUUUGCUGCAACAGCCAUUUUCAGUUACUGGUGGUUGCUGCCGGCGAUGCUAUUUGGCUUUUUGUGGUGGAGAGGCAGCAAAGCAAACUACACUUUUCUGGAGAUCCUGUGUAUCUAUGGAUAUUCCCUUUCUAUUUACAUUCCAAUCUCUAUACUGUGGGUGGUGCAGUUUGAGUGGUUGCAGUGGAUACUGGUUAUGGUUGGGGCAGUGAUGUCGGGCGGAGUUCUGGUGAUCACGCUAUGGCCAGCAGUCAAAGACGACACCAAGAAAACUGCCUGGAUUGUGAUAAUACUCAUCUUCCUUUGUCACACUUCGCUUGCUGUUGGCUUCAAGCUGUAUUUCUUCAAUGCUGCUGCACCUCAGAUCUCUACACAGACUAGUUCAGCCCCAGUGAUAACUAAGUUUCCAACAACCCCACACCCAACAAGCAAACAACAGAACAAGAAAACUUUAGUUGCAGCAACCAACACCAAUUUACCUAAAGAUACCAGAGGCAGAUUGAAAAAUUCUACAUUAAAGAGAAACAGAGUUAUAUACAAAACAACUAAAAAACCUAUGUAGUUGGCAGAUAAGAUUGCCAUGGAAAUCCAAAGAAAGAUCAGCUUAAAGGAAAAUAACUAGUGUACACUCUCUCAUAUAGCAUUUUAUUUUCGAGCUUUACAGGUUAAAUUAUUUUUUAAUGAUUUAGAUGAUGAGCCCGAAACGUUUUUUCUUCAACCGUUGGUGGAAUUUAUCUUAAAAAUGUCAUAAAUCAAGUAUUUUAUGAAUUGAAGGAGAAGAACAAGUCUAUUGUUGAUAGUUGAGUAAAUUCUCAAGUUUCCUUCCUCUUGAUUUCAAUUUAUUUAUUCAACUAAUUGACAUCAGAAUCUAUUGGUACAUAUAUAUACAAGAAAUAAUCCAAAUUAAAAGUGUGUUCAGUGACAUGUAUGUACGUAUAUAUUUAUAUAUCUGUAUCAGUACUUUCACCUGGUUUGUUAAUGCAGAAAUCGUUUGUCUUCGGCUGUAUGAAUAUUGCAUCCUCUUGACUGGAAAACUGGAAAAAACUGGAGCGGACACGUAUUUCAACCCACGGUUUUUAAAAGCUGAGCUGUGAAGAUGCUUACUAUGAUGAAUGGUAUUGAAGAAUAUUUUAAAAAAUGAAAUUGUUUUGUUGAACUCAAUCUUUAUAGUUCUUUUUUGUCUUAAAUAUUAAAUGCUUAUACAUGUA